CCCGGACAGAGGCAUCAGUGUAGUUUGCUGCGAUAGACGUUUCACUCGGAUUCUUUUUGUUUAUCUUUGUACUUUCUUGAUCGGAGCGCUCAUAAUAUGAAGAAUAUGACGCUGCGAAGGCUUAAAAAAGUCAACUCUAGCGAUCCAUCUAGUGGACGUUCGAGCCAGGACGGCAUUUACUUUCCGUCCUCAAAGUCAGACAGUUGUAAAACUAUGGAUUUACCAACUAACUCGGAAGUGUAUAAUUACAAGACUUUGGCUUACUCUGGUGGAACGUUGCCAAGGAACUUCAGAAAGGUGUGUAUACUGUUUAACUUUGUCACAUUGUAACUUGCACUUGCUCCUUCAAUCAAGUAGUCUAGCAUAAUAGACACAUCAAUGAAAGCACAUAAUUUCAGUUAGGCAAAUACAGUGUCACUUGCCCGUAAGGUACAGAGGCCAGCGGGAUACGCUCAAUAUUUGAAUAUGGAUGUUUCUUGUUUCCUCGUGGCUUCUCACACAUUGAACACAUCAAUUGAUGUAUGUUGUUCAUUAUGAGUGGAGACAUUAGCCUAUCGGUGACGAAAUUGUAUUUAAUUAGAAACAGCAAUGUGAAUAUUUGUGACAUUUUGUCAGAGCCCCACAUGGAUGGCCUGUUGCCAUGUUGUGCUCACCAACCGUCUGUUCCCCAUUUUGAUAUAAGCUUUGUAUAAAAGUUGACACACACACUGAAGCAAAAUCUCAAAUGGUGUCCACUUGUCACGUACUAAUGCUUGCCCCUUCCGACCACACAAACAUUAUGCUUUAUGAGUGCCACACUCCAGACUCGCUCUUGAUUCAGUGCAAUCCAACCAUUUCAUAAUAUCUCUGCAUUGGUCCCAAAGAGGAUGCUUUGGGACCAAAUUAGUUUGGCAUUCAAUUAGUAUUUCUAGGUAUGCAAACAUAAUGUACUGAGGCAGAACAUGGCCUCACAAGGAACAGUGCUGUCUUUACUAGUGAAUUAACAUGGCCAAGCAUCAUCAUAAUCUGAGAAUGUACUGUGAUGUAGACUGGUAAAACGGUUAUCAUGGGAAGCUGUAGCAGUUUGUGUGUGUGUGACAACAGCAUCAGUUGUCCCAGUUCUGUAGUGUUACUGUACUGUAAUAGGAGGCCAGCCAGAGUUAUGUGGAGGUCUCCUUCGUACAUCUCACAUCAUCAUCUGGAGCCUAGGACCACAACAGGGCAUUGUGCAGGGGACCCUGCUCUGCUCCUACCAACCCCAUGGGUCUCUCUCUCUCUUGGUACUUGGGAAUAAAUGAAGUCAUUGAGAGGGGCCCGGGACAAUUCUGGGAGUGUUAAAAAAAAAAAGUAACAUUUUACUACCCAAUGAGGCAGUGACACAAAGUGCCCUUUCAUAGGGGCAACAUUUAAAAUCAUUGAGGUAGAACAGAGGUGAAUUGAUUGUAGUGUAGGCUAAAUACGGUAAGGGAUGUAGUGUAAGAGAUACUUGUAGUUUACACUAAGUAAAGUGGAGGUUGGGUGGGUCUCCCAAAGUCCGAAUUUGGUUUGGGGUUUCCCUCAAUGCAGGGAUUGUGGCAAGAGGCCGAAGGCUCCAGUCCAUACACACGUCUUGUUUGUCUACAGUCUGAAUAUAACCUGUAGAAAUAGGGAGAUAUUUUUGACUGUUAUCAGAAAUAACAGACACACACAGUUUGGUUUGAUCAGCAGUCUGGGCAUCACAAGUCAGUGGACUCCGAUGUAGAGAAUUAAAUAUACAGUGGGGAAAAAAAGUAUUUAGUCAGCCACCAAUUGUGCAUGUUCUCCCACUUAAAAAGAUGAGAGAGGCCUGUAAUUUUCAUCAUAGGUACAUGUCAACUAUGACAGACAAAUUGCGGGGGAAAAAUCCAGAAAAUCACAUUGUAGGAUUUUUUAUGAAUUUAUUUGCAAAUUAUGGUGGAAAAUAAGUAUUUGGUCACCUACAAACAAGCAAGAUUUCUGGCUCUCACAGACCUGUAACUUCUUCUUUAAGAGGCUCCUCUGUCCUCCACUCGUUACCUGUAUUAAUGGCACCUGUUUGAACUUGUUAUCAGUAUAAAAGACACCUGUCCACAACCUCAAACAGUCACACUCCAAACUCCACUAUGGCCAAGACCAAAGAGCUGUCAAAGGACACCAGAAACAAAAUUGUAGACCUGCACCAGGCUGGGAAGACUGAAUCUGCAAUAGGUAAGCAGCUUGGUUUGAAGAAAUCAACUGUGGGAGCAAUUAUUAGGAAAUGGAAGACAUACAAGACCACUGAUAAUCUCCCUCGAUCUGGGGCUCCACGCAAGAUCUCACCCCGUGGGGUCAAAAUGAUCACAAGAACGGUGAGCAAAAAUCCCAGAACCACACGGGGGGACCUAGUGAAUGACCUGCAGAGAGCUGGGACCAAAGUAACAAAGCCUACCAUCAGUAACACACUAUGCCGCCAGGGACUCAAAUCCUGCAGUGCCAGACGUGUCCCCCUGCUUAAGCCAGUACAUGUCCAGGCCCGUCUGAAGUUUGCUAGAGUGCAUUUGGAUGAUCCAGAAGAGGAUUGGGAGAAUGUCAGAUGAAACCAAAAUAGAACUUUUUGGUAAAAACUCAACUCGUCAUGUUUGGAGGACAGAGAAUGCUGAGUUGCAUCCAAAGAACACCAUACCUACUGUGAAGCAUGGGGGUGGAAACAUCAUGCUUUGGGGCUGUUUUUCUGCAAAGGGACCAGGACGACUGAUCCGUGUAAAGGAAAGAAUGAAUGGGGCCAUGUAUCGUGAGAUUUUAAGUGAAAACCUCCUUCCAUCAGCAAGGGCAUUGAAGAUGAAACGUGGCUGGGUCUUUCAGCAUGACAAUGAUCCCAAACACACCGCCCGGGCAACGAAGGAGUGGCUUCGUAAGAAGCAUUUCAAGGUCCUGGAGUGGCCUAGCCAGUCUCCAGAUCUCAACCCCAUAGAAAAUCUUUGGAGGGAGUUGAAAGUCCGUGUUGCCCAGCGACAGCCCCAAAACAUCACUGCUCUAGAGGAGAUCUGCAUGGAGGAAUGGGCCAAAAUACCAGCAACAGUGUGUGAAAACCUUGUGAAGACUUACAGAAAACGUUUGACCUGUGUCAUUGCCAACAAAGGGUAUAUAAAAAAGUAUUGAGAAACUUUUGUUAUUGACCAAAUACUUAUUUUCCACCAUAAUUUGCAAAUAAAUUCAUUAAAAAUCCUACAAUGUGAUUUUCUGGAGAGAAAAAAAAUCUCAUUUUGUCUGUCAUAGUUGACGUGUACCUAUGAUGAAAAUUACAGGCCUCUCUCAUCUUUUUAAGUGGGAGAACAUGUACAAUUGGUGGCUGACUAAAUACUUUUUUCCCCCACUGUAGAUGUCCAAAACGUCUCCUGUGUCUAAAUAGGGUAAACCGAGAGCAGACAGUCAGACACAGACAUACUGGUUUUUAUCUGUAAUGGUUUCUUACCAAUGUUUAGGCUCAGUAGCUUAAACGCAAACAUAGACACUAUAUACACACACAACAUGCAUCAGGAGGACUUGGUGGACAAGACACAUGAGCGAGAGUUUGAGGUGUGUCCUGCAAACCUGGCUUACGUACGUAGGAAGAAAAUCCCCGUUGCGUGCAGUGUGAUUUCUGUUUGAACAUUUAAAUGCCUAAUUUUGGUUGUUUGUUAUUUCAUGUCUGUCAUGUUUUGUCAUCACAGAAUGGUGGGCUGCAGAAGUGGAAGCCCCUGACUCAGACCCCAGAGCCACGGAGGUAAGCCAAACAGUCAUCUCUCCCCCUGGCAUCAGUUACAGGACACAUCUGCCUUUCUGUCACUUCUCACUCUUGACUGUGGUGGAGGGACGCAUAUGUUGUACACAGAAUGCCAGAACAGCAUUACUAAACCCUUUCAUUCACAACAGACCCAAGUGAUACGUGUUAACAAAAUUACAGUGGGCUGCUUUCAGAGUAAUUUGAGUAGGCCUCUGCGUUCAGCUUUUGGGAAAAUUGAAUGUAGUGAGUUAUAGAAAUUCAGCAGUACAGUAGCCUUUUGUAUUUGUGGUUAUUACUAUUUACGGAGUGACUUCGCUGGACCCCUCUUCCCGACAGCUAAAGGUCCGAUGCUUCUGUACUUUACGCGCAGUUUCUGCUCUACUUGUUUUUUUUCUACUACAUUUUUUUCCCAGAGGGACGGGGCGGUUACCUACGGAUCCUACUAUUUGACAUUCUAAUGUAUUAUGCAUUUGUAUGUAAUUUAUAGAUGCUGUUUUGAUGUAACUGAAUGCCUCGAUGUCUGUCUGCCUGCUUUAUAUAGCAAGCCACGGCCACUGUCUGUAGGAGCAAACCAUUUUCGUGAACGGGGUGGUGUACCUAAUAAAACUGGCCACUGAGUGUAUAGUACAUGGUCUACCAAUAUUGUGUACUGGACCCCACCUAUGGCAUCAAGUAUCCAGCCCACAGUGCCGUCCCCUCCGCAAACCAAGAUCCUGUAAUCCUUCAGAUUUCUGAAGAAGCACAGCCUGAAACACAGAUGUUUUAUUAUGUUGGGGGGGAUUUUAUCAUCCCUGCCUAAAUGAAAACAACCUUUUCACUAUUUCAAUACUGGUUUGUUUUUGCUCAAAACAUUUUAGAGUUCAGUUUAACUGUGAGUGUAUUACACAGCUAGGUAUCAUGAUGUCCAUCAUCAUCCAUGGGAUUUUUGCAGAGAAAAAAUGUAUAGUGCAGAUAAUCCAGAAAGGUAUUAUCUGGAGAUAGUAUCUAUGGAGAGGACUCCAUUACACUCUUGCUAUUUCAUUGUAUAGAAUUUUCUGUGAGAAUGAGCUACAGUGCCUUCAGAAAGUAUUCACAUCCCUUGACUUUUUCCACAUUUUGUUGUGUUACAGCUUGAAUUUAAAAUGGAUUCAAAUUAGCUUUUUUGUCACUGGCCUACACACAAUACCCCAUAAUGUCAAAGUGGAAUUAUAUCUUUCGAAAUUAACACAUUCAUUCAAAUGACAAGCUGAAAUGUAUUGUCAGUAAGUAUUCAACCCCUUUUGUUAUGGCAAGCCUAAAUAAGUAAAUGUGCUUACCGAGUCACAUAAUAAGUUGCGUGGACUCACUCUGUGUACAAUAAUAGUGUUUACCUUGAUUUUUGAAUGACUACCUCAUCUCUGUACCCCACACAUACAAUUAUCUGUAAGGUCCCUUAGUCGAGCAGUGAAUUACAAGCACAGAUUCACCCACAAAGACCAAGGAGGUUUUUCAAUGCCUUGCAAAGAAGGGCACAUAUUGGUAGAUGGGUAAAAAUGGACAUUGAAUAUCCCUUUGAGCAUGGUGAAGUUAUUAAUUACACUUUGGAUGGUGUAUCAAUACAACCAGUCACUACAAAGAUACACAGGCGUCCUUCCUAACUCAGUUUCCGGAGAGGAAGGAAACCGCUUAGGGAUUUCAUCAUGAGGCCAAUGGUGACUUUAAAACAGAGUUUAAUGGCUAUGAUAGAACUGAGGAUGGACCAACAACAUUGUAGUUACUCCACAGUACUAACUUAAUUGACAGAGUGCAAAGAAAGAAAAAGCUUUUACAGAAUAAAAAUAUUCCAAAACGUAGAUCCUGUUUGCAGCAAGGCAGUAAAGUAAUACUGCAAAGAAUGUGGCAAAGCAAUUAACUUUUUGUCCUGAAUACAAAGUGAUGUACCACUCUCCAUAUUUUCAAGCAUAAUGGUGGCUGCAUCAUGUUAUGGGUAUGCUUGUAAUCGUUAAGGACUGGGAAGCUUUUCAGGAUAAAAAAAUUAACGGAAUGGAGCUAAGUACAGGCAAAAUCCUACAGGGAAAACCUGGUUCAGUCUGCUUUCUACCAGACACUGGGAGAUUAAUUCACCUUUCAGCAGGACAAUGACCUAAAACACAAGGCCAAAUAUACGCUGGAGUUGCUUACCAAGAAGACAGUGAAGGUUCCUGAGUGGCCAAGUUACAGUUUUGACUUAAUCUAUGGCGAGACCUGAAAAUGGUAGUCUAGCAAUGAUCAACAACCAAUUUGACAGAUUUUGAAGAAUUUUGAAAAGAAUAAUGGGCAAAUGUUGCACAAUCCAGGUGUGGAAAGCUCUUAGAGACUUACCCAGAAAGACUCCGCUGUAAUCGCUGCCAAAGGUACUUCUACAAAGUAUUGACUCAGGGGUGUGAAUACUUAUGUAAAUUAGGUAUUUCUGUAUUACAGUUUCAAUAAAUUAGCAUAAAUGUAUACAAAAAUGUUUUCACUUUAUCGUUGUGUGUAGAUGCCCAUUCUUUUUUAUGUAAUCCAUUUUGAAUUCAGGUUGUAACAACAACAACAACAACAUCAACAACCUUAUGAAAAAUGUAUGCACUCACUAACUGUAAGUCGCUCUGGAUAAGAGCGUCUGCUAAAUGACUAAAAUGUAAAUGUAAAUGAAUAAGUCAAGGGGUAUGAAUACUUUCUGAAGGCACUGUAUGUGCACCAGGUGGUGAUGUCGCCAGUCACAAUUCACUUGUGGCUGAAAACUGUAAGUAAAUGAAAACCAAUAUCAAACUAAUUUAAUCAUAUCCCCAUUUUUAUCUUGUGUUUUAGGAAAGUUGUCCUGGAGAAGAAGAAUGAGGAGACGUUUGGCUUUGAGAUUCAGGUAAGAGGUUUAUUGACGUGGGAGGUGGUAUGGUACGGGGGAUUUUUGAGCGUCAUUUAACAGGAUUUUCCUGCUCUCUUAUGUUCACAUUAACGCUGAUGAGAUUGCACCCUCCAACCAUGUGGAUGAUUUCACCCCAUCAAAUAAGAUUUAGAGUGGAGUGUGUGCAUGUGUUGAAAGCGUCAAAGGUCACAGAGAGAAAUGUAUCCGUGAGCCUCAUACUCGCAAUAUAAGGCUUUGAUGUGUCCCAUGACUUGAGAUGAGAGAAGGCGGUUUUCUAGCUGUUUUCUUUCGGGUCCAUUUUCAAAGUGGCGUGGUUUUGUAAAAUGUUCUCACGCUGCUGCGUGUCGUGUCAGACCGGCUACUAUAUUCCGAUCCCUCGAGGACACUGUUAACAGUCAGACUUCUGCCCUCUUUAUCUGUCAGAGCUCCCUCUCUGUCCCCGCAGCGCUUCUUCACAAUGCACCACUUGUUGUCAGACAGCCUUAUCUCUAAAGAGAGGACACCGGCCAAUGUAAGGGCCAUGAAAAUUAUCAGUACUGCUUAUAUUUAGUGUUGGGAUGGAGGUCCCUCCUUUCCUGCCUGGCCUUGUUCUUUAGGAAGUGAGGCCAGAGACUGAAGAGAUGGAUGGCUUUCGGAUCCUGUGCUUUUUCCAUCAUGUCGCUGGACUUCACCAGGCAGUCACCAGUUCUCCUAUUCCUUUAGCUUGGGGUGCUGAGAGGAUAAUGUCAGUAUCAACUAUGUAAAUGCAUAGUUGGAUUGGGAUUUGCAUCUCUAGGGUCAUUUGCAUGUUCGGUUUCUGUGGAAGGCCCAUGGGUCUGGUAAGGAAGGGAGAAUGCUCACGUUAUUUCACGUAGAUGAGCAUCAUACAGAAACGUGUUUCUAGAUGGCUGGUUGUACACCCGAGUAGAUGGCAUUUGACUUGAUUUACUGACUGUGCAAUUGCCAUUUUGUCACUGUCACCUAAUGUCUCAACAGACAAGCAUGUCAGGGAAAGCUCUGAGUUUAAACGCCACCUCGGGAUAACACUCAGUCAGACAGCAGUGGAAUGUUGAAUGAUGUGAUUCACUUGACAAGACAACUUAAGGGGAAGUCUGGCUGUGGUUGUUUGUCAUAUUUGCCUCCAAGACAAUCAAUCUAAGGAAGAUCGUCAACAAAAUGGUGAUAGUGUGAAAAAUGUUUGCGUGUCAGUUUCGGUCCUAACAGUGUUGGUUUACCUUUAUCUCUCUGCAGUAUGAGGAAAGAGAAUGGUGGUUAAUGUCACUGGUAAACUGUACGAGAAUUUGUCUGAUUGUUCUAACCAAAUUUGUUGAUAAAGGUCCUAGCUCAUGAAGAGACUGCUUUUAACAUACUUUUUAUGACGGACAUUGAUAGAGGGCUGUAUUCGUUUUUGAUUAACCACGCAAGGGAAAUGGGGCUUCUUUUUUGCAUAUUAACUGAUUUGAUCCCUCUUCCGUCUGCAUCUCUGUUCGAGGUUAUUGUCUGUCUUGCUGCUUCAUUGUCAGCCAAUGUUAUCUAAUCUGCUGUGUAGAACUGGGUUUGUCUGACAGUCCUCACCAGUCAGGCCUUCAGAUGCAGACUACAAUCUCAGAAGCACAUAGUUUAAUAUCACAAAUAUUCAUAAAUACUUUGGAAGAGAUGCCCUAGGCUCCCCUGUACCAUGGACUGUCUUCAAAGUUUCAAAUGCCUUUGUCUGUUAUGUAGCAAGGCCUGGCACUUCAGGUAUAGACCUCAGGUAUACUGUGUGUAAAGAGAAAUUACUCAGCGUUUCUGAAGGGAAAUUACCAAUGAUUUUGAACACGAUGCAAUGUUUCUGAUAAUUGUUAACAGAAUUUAUCCAUGUCUUGCACCUAAUUGUUCCUAAGAAUAUAUUUAUUUGAAUGAAAAGCUGUCUAGCCAAAAUAAUAAUUGUUAUCCAUUAUCCUAAUUUCCUUCUUCCAGACAUAUGGGCUGCACCACCAGGACCAGAACUCUGUGGAGAUGUGCACAUUUGUGUGCAAGGUUCACGACGACAGCCCUGCCCAACAAGCCGGACUCAAAGUUGGUAAGUGGAACUGAAAACCCCGGUUCAUUAGGGACUUUUGAACAGUAUUUAAGGGCAUUUGACACAUACAUGACCUGCCUUUGCUGAAAAAAGACCUCGGGGGAAGAAUGAAGAACAGGUGGUUUUGAUACAGUCCCUUUCUUGUUUGCCAGCCAGGUGUGGGUAGCUGUCCCUAAGUAAACACGUGCACAAAUGAGUUUCAGUCGGCUGUUUAGGGAUGUACAAAUACAAACAGAAAAUGUGCCUAGUCAUUUUCCAGUCAACAAACACUAUAGGAAGAGAUUAUUUCAGCAAACAUCAUGCAGGUCAACUCCCUUGUCUCUGUUGCCGCCUUGCCGGAUACAAUAACUCAAAUGCAUACAAUGACUUGGCCAAUUCUAUUUUCAUAUAUUUUUUUGUAUUUCAUAAAUUGCUCUAUUUCCUCUUUAGUCUGUAACAUUAUUUCUCUAAAAUACCUCAGACAGAAGCCUUUGCCAAUCUUGUUUAAAAAAAAUAAUAAUACUGCCCAUUAUAUCAGAAACAAUAGGGGAAGUGAAAGAAGAAAUGGUAUAUUCUCACAUUUAAUUUCUCUAAACCUGAUACCACAGUAUUUAUUAGUCUCAGAGAGCGAAGGAGCACUAGAGGCAGGGCCAAAUUAAACCAGGCCUAGACAGACUUCUCUACCCAUCUGAAACUAAUAACAAACAAUCUAAUAAACUUGCAAUACUUUAACAAUAACAGAUAGAGUAACACCAAAAUGCUUGAACAAUAUUUUUCAGGCCGUCUUGAAAUUAGGAAAAGUGGGUAACAACAGCACGUGUGCCAAGUGGCCUGCUGUGACCACACAGCCAGGGUUUAGACUAGAACCAGUGUCUGUAUCACACAUGGGCUGCUGGAGAAUCCACCAACAAAGUGCUUUUGAUUGCUCCAUAAACCACAGACACUAGCGGGAUCAAACCAGUCUCAGCAGACCACAGCUAUGAUAAAACCACACUGGAAUUAACUGGGUCUGUUUUGUUAACAUGCAUGUUGUUUGUGUGCACAGGGGACACCAUCGCUAGUGUGAACGAGACCUCCGUGGACGGAUUUCUACACAAGGAGAUUGUUCAGCUAAUCAGGGCCUCUGGGAACUCCAUUGGGUAAGCAGAUCAGAGUUCAAUGGCAAAGAGAACUGGACUGGUUGUCGAUGGUAACAGAACUUAAUUGCUCCACUUUUUGUAUUGACCUUAGUCAGAUCGGUCUAUAAAGAGUUCCUUGUGUUCUAUGACCAUUUUUUGAUACUUUUUAGUGUCGUUUUGAUACUGAUACAUCUUUGAUCUUCUUGCUUGAGCAAUGUUGCAGUCCAAAGUACAAAAUCACACAGAAUUGAUAAUGGAGUCAUUAUCUAUUGACUGAGAAACAGGUUAGUAUUUUUCCGUCAUGAAUCUUGUUGUGGAGCCAGCUCUGCAGUGGUCACUAGCUGGCACAGCCACAAAGUCAUACAAUCUGAUUUUAAAUCUAAGCUUAAACACACUGCUAACCUUAAUGCCUAACCCUAAAUCAAGACCAUGAAUGUUUACAAUAUAGCCAAUUUUGACUUUGCAGCUGGCCUAUCUAAGAGGAAAUUGCUCAGUUCUGCCUCCAGGACAAGACUCAUGACAAUAAACGUCAACCUGCGACUGAGAAUGGGAAUACUAAUUAAAUAAUAAUAAUAAUAAUAAUAUGCCAUUUAGCAGACGCUUUUAUCCAAAGCGACUUACAGUCAUGCGUGCAUACAUUUUUGUGUAUGGGUGGUCCCGGGGAUCGAACCCACUACCUUGGCGUUACAAGCGCCGUGCUCUACCAGCUGAGCUACAGAGGACCACCAAUUAAUGACUCACUCUGUAAAUAUUGUGUGGUGACUCCUGAGAGAUAUACUGGAGAAAUGUAAUAUCUUUUAAAUAGCUUCCAUGCAAUCAAUGUGUCAUGGAUGUACUCUAAACAAUUAUUGUUUGCACACCAAAGUUGCCUAGAAGCAAGUCAUUACCCUUUUUUUAAUAUGCAGAAUUAACUUGCACAGUGUUAAAUUGGAACCAUACUCUUGCUCUCUUUGUCUGCUUGUAAAAGAUGAAAGGCCUAUUAGAAUCGGGCCCCAUUUAUAAUCUCAGAAGGCAGCUCUAUAAGCAGUGAAGUUAACCACACAAAAGGCCCAGUGCAGGCCUCAUCUUACUAUAGACUUCAUCUAAUUAUUCUCGCCUCUAGAAAACAUAUAGGCCUAGUGAACUAUUAACAGAGAGCUUGUAUCAGCCCAAUAAAAACAAGAGGUGCACCAGUUGCCACAGUCGAGUGGGUGUCUUGAAACGUGAUACCUUCUGAAGCUUUCCCCCCUACCUGCAAACUGUUGAGCCUAGACUUGCAUGUUAGGGUCUCCUUUAUAAGAGCCUUUUUCACAGCUACUUCUGAAGUUCCUCUCUGUUCUUAAUUGGGUCCAGAGUAUGCUGUGAAUCCUUACUCUCCUUUUUUUGUGGCUCUCUAGCCUUCCUGUGUCUGAAGUAACAACAUUGCUCUGUCUUUCCUUAGGCUGGAGACGGUAUACAGCGACUCCAUUCGAAAAGCAGAACUGGAGGCCAGGCUUCAGUAUCUAAAGGUGAAUAUCUCUUCCUCUUCCCCUCUGUAGCAAACCUGUGGUUCUGCUUGCUUCUACAGUUCAACAUAAAUGGGUAUCCGGGGGGGGGGGGGGGGGGGGUGUGUGAGACAACGACCAUAAGAGUUGACUAUACAGCACAAACAGAUCUGGGACCAGGCAAGUGUUUCACUGGGAUCAGUCUGACAGUGUAGUGAAAAGCCUAUAGCCAGCAAGUGCAGUGCUCUCACCAGACCAAUCCCUUUCCCACAUCUCCCUCCUGUUUCAUGACUAGCGCCUGCAGUGCACUUACAUAAUGCUGUGUGAGCACAGUGACUGAGAGUACAUUUACAUUUUAGUCAUUUAGCAGAUGCUCUUAUCCAGAGCGACUUACAGUUAGUGAGUGCAUACAUUUUUUCAUACUGGCCCCCAGUGGGAAUCGAACCCACAACCCUGGCGUUGCAAGCGCCAUGCUCUACCAACUGAGCUACACGGGGCCCGUGUAGAGUAGACAGUUAUUCUUACAUUACACUUGGCUGGUAAAAAAGACACUUUUAAUGUGUGAAGAUAAGUGGCUUUCCUCAAGGCUGCUGUCCCGAAGUUCCUCCAUCAGUGCUACAGACUGAAAUCACACAAAUUGUCACCUUUUCUAAAUUUGAUGUAUUUUCUUUCAUCAGCAAACCCUACAUGAGAAAUGGGAUGAAUACAGAUCUUUGAUGAUGCAAGAGCAGAGGCUGGUUCAUGGUAAGUCAUUCAUUUAUGUUGAUGUAUAUGAUCUCAGGUAAAUUCAUUUGAAGUAAAUUUAAGAUGUGUGCUAAACCAGUGAUGUCCAUUGUAACACUCUUUCCCGGUGUCUUCUAGGCAUAGUGAUGAGUGAUGCUGCGAUCUGUGAGUCCCUGGAGUCUGCGGGGGUGUACGGUAGUCUGGGUGCCCCGAGUCCGGCCGCCCUGCGUGCCCUCCGCUGCACCGGCAGCACCAGCAGCAGCGCCAGCCACCUGAGUGCCACCACGGAGGAGGACCCACUCUACCAGACCUGUCUGUUCCAGAGGCAGGGUGACCACCUCAACGAUGCCAACGGUGACCUCACUAGCAGCACAGAGAAAGACAAACAGAAACCGGAACAGGAGAAGCCUCCACAGGGUAAGCAGAGACUGAUCCGCCCUGCCAGUGAGCUCUUCACCUCAGCCAAGACCCACCUGACCCGCAGCUCCAGCACACGCAGCUACCUGAGGGCCUCCAACAACAACUCUUCAUCAACACCAGGGGAGAAAGCACAAUCGGGAGGGUUCAGCUCGCUACAGAGGAAACCCAAACAGAAGAGCUUCCGCCGACACCUCCUCAAGUUCAUCCCUGGACUGAACAGAGCAAUGGAGGAGGAGGAGAGCAAGCUCUGAGAACUAAACGGACUAAACACCCGAAGAACUGGAGAGUCUUUCUGACCCAAAGACUUAACAUUGCCUCUGACUCAACCUAACAACCAAAGAUUUCAACUAGUGCCACAGAGAGUAAAAAGAGAGACACAUUUGGUCUCAAUCUGUCCAGUCAUACCUUUGUACUUGUUCAGAUGACUACACAUUUGACCCAGCGGAACCAAUGGUCCUUUGUGUUCUGAAGCACACUCCAAUUUGAGGAGACACCUGUACAUACUGUACCUUGGUUACUGUUUCUAUAGUUCAUAAGUUAUUUAUUUAUUUUUGAUUAGUUUGACCUAUGUACAGAAUGAAGGAUUUUGUUUUUGUGUUUUAAUUUAGUUUUGUCAUCAUGACAGUUGAAAAUAAAUGCCCCAUAUCUUCACAUACAACUUUUUGUAAGAGACAUUUGUUACUGUUUUUCUACCAGUUUGAUCUGGUGUUCUCUUGCUGAAAAUAUCUAAAAAUAAAUGUGUGGCAUUUUGA